CAUUGCGCUUUUAAGCUUCUCUUCAUCGCCUCCUUUCUUCCUCCUCCUGUGGCUCUUCUCAUUCCAAGCCCCACCUUGCAACACCCACUUCUCAAUUCCUUCUAUUUUCCCUCUUCUAACUCUUCAAUUCACUCUUCAAUUUCUUAUUUCUGCAGCGAAUGCAUUUAAUCAUGGCUUCCCUCAGGUGGGUUUCUUGGAUUUUCAUCGCACAUUUGUUUGUUUCAACAUUUGUGCUCUCAGAUUCUUCCUCCUACUCAAAUAACCCCGAAGAAAUUCCUAAAAAGUUCCUCCAAUUUGCUAAGGAACCUGAGUUGUUUGAUUGGAUGGUGGGAAUCCGUAGGAAAAUCCACGAGAACCCAGAACUUGGUUAUGAGGAAUUCGAGACUAGUAAGGUGAUUAGAACAGAAUUAGAUAAAUUGGGCAUUUCUUAUAAAUACCCAGUUGCCAGUACUGGAGUCAUCGGCUUUGUUGGUUCUGGUCAGCCCCCUUUUGUGGCUAUUCGAGCAGAUAUGGAUGCACUUCCUAUGCAGGAAUUGGUGGAGUGGGAGCAUAAGAGUAAGGUUCCUGGGAAGAUGCACGCUUGUGGUCACGAUGCUCAUGUUGCAAUGGUCUUGGGUGCUGCAAAGAUCCUUCAAAAGCAAAGUGAGGAGUUGAAAGGAACAGUUGUACUAGUUUUCCAACCAGCUGAAGAAGGAGGUGGAGGUGCUAAGAAAAUAAUAGAAGCUGGAGUGUUGGAUAAUGUCAACGCUAUCUUUGGGUUGCAUAUUGUUCAUAAUAUACCUCUCGGUGAAGUGGCUGGGCGAUCAGGACCCAUGUUAGCUGGAAGCGGCUUCUUUGAAGCAGUAAUAAGUGGAAAAGGAGGUCAUGCCGCCAUUCCUCAGCAUUCCAUCGAUCCAAUUUUGGCUGCAUCCAACGUUAUUGUGAGCUUACAACAUCUUGUUUCAAGGGAAGCUGAUCCACUAGAUUCACAGGUAGUAACAGUUGCUAAGUUCCAAGGAGGUGGUGCAUUCAAUGUAAUUCCAGAUUCAGUUAUGAUAGGUGGCACUUUCCGAGCUUUCUUGAAGGAUAGUAUGAUUCAACUUAAGCAACGUAUUAAAGAGGUUAUCACUGGACAAGCUAUUGUGCAUAGGUGCAAUGCGACUGUCAAUUUUUUGGAGAAUGAUAAACCUUUUUUCCCUCCAACUGUGAAUGAUAAAGAGUUGCAUGAACACUUCCAAAAUGUUGCAGGAGAUAUGCUUGGCAUUGACAAGGUAAAGGACAUGCAACCACUUAUGGGAUCUGAAGAUUUUUCGUUUUACCAAGAGAUGAUCCCGGGGUACUUCUACUUUCUUGGAAUGGAGAAUCAAACAUCGGGUCACCUCGAUUCCGUGCAUUCCCCUUACUUUCGCAUCAACGAAGAUGCACUCCCUUAUGGUGCAGCUCUUCAUGCAUCAUUAGCUACAAGGUAUCUUCUUGGACUCCAGUUGAAAGUUACUUCGCCAGAAGAGAAACGUCACGAUGAAUUGUAAAUUGCCUACUGACCCGCUUGAUCAUAAGUCUGGACCAGAUAAAAGGGGUAUAAAACAUAAUCAAAAUCUUAUUGAGCUGCCACUAAUGUCAAUCCCCUAUCACAGCAUCUGUAUUCUGUUUUUUCCAUUUAAGCUUCACCAGUUAUCGCACCUACCCAAAAUCAAUCGGCCCAAAUGUUCCAAGAAAGUGAAGCGUCUGCACAUUUCCUUUUCUUUGAUAGAUUUCUUACAUUUGUGGAAUAACCAUGACUCGUGGGCACAAGAAAUAUUGUAUUACUCUAAUUCUUGGAGCUUGAUAUUGUAAUAUGUAAAUGAGAUACUGUGAAGAUUCGCAUUUAAAAGAAGAUUACUUGUGACUAACAAAUUAUGUUAAUAUAUUGGUUAUGAGUGAUA